CAAUUUCAAUCAUUUCUACAAUUUCUCCUCUCAAAUGGUUUUGAUGGGAAAAUUAAUCAAUUUUCUACUCUUGCUUCUGUUGGCUCGUGGAGCAGCUACUGUGGACUUCUUGAAGCUGACGGACGCUGAAAAUGCCGAACGACUAGAAAAGUGUGGAAGUGUAGAAUUAUCGAGUUAUUAUUAUUCAUACACCACCGGAAGAGAGAAACACGUUGUUGUUUUUGUAUCUCAAAAUAAUUUUAUCGCCGAAGCUGAUCUUAUUAAUGAAACUUUGUUCAAGAGAAUGAAUUGCACGUCGGAUAUGAAGAGUAUAAAUAACGUGCUCGAAAUGGAGAAAAUGGCCGAUUAUCCUGCAGAACUUCUCGGUGAAUGCGAAUCGCAUUCGAAUGGAAUGGUUCUAGGGGAAAUGUUCAAGGCAACAAAGUCGAAGAAUAACUUCUAUAUGUGCCUCAAAUAUGAUCGAUUAGAUGACGGUGCCUUGGUUAAUACUAUUUACAAUAAGACGUUGUACCCCGGAAAUAUUGUCCAAUGCAAAGAUAUAAAACCCGGCACCUUCUGCCUGCAAACUUACGAAAAAGUGAUGGGAAUGGUUUUUUUCUCGGAUCAAGAUGAUAAAAAUCGUACUUAUGUUAUGGGACGGACCUAUGAGAAGCUGAAAACCAAUAAAGAUGGCACUGCAAUAAUGAAGGGCAUGUACCUGAAUCAAUUCUCUGAUCAAAUUUGUAAGGCUAGUGGGAUUUGUGAACCUCCGACCACUACUACUUCCACGACAACAGAGCCUACCACCGCUACUGAUCCUACAACCACCACCACCACCACUGAAGCAACAACUGUAACUUCUACAACAACUCCAGCUGAAACUACAACUGCUAUGAAAUCUACGAAGGAGCAAGUGUUGACGACUACAAGAAAGGCGCUCGAGACUACUAAGAAGCCUGAGAAGCCUGAGAAGCCUGAAAAGCCUGAGAGGCCUGAGAAGCCUGAAGCACUACCCCAAGCGCAAGAUUCGUAUUGUGGAAAUGUGUACCUGUGCUUUGAUGAGGAUGUUUUUGGAUUUGCGAGUAAUGGGAAUGUUCUUGUGGUUUUUGGUUUAAUAUGCCUCAUGAUAUAAGAAUAAAAAAUUUUAUUUUCCA